AUGAAGCGGAUCGCCCUGUCGCGGUGCGCCGCGCAGCUGCAGGCCGCGCCGUCGCCUCGCCGGCCCUCGUGCCUCGACCAGGCCCAGCGCUCUCUGGCAGCCCGCGGCGCCCACCGCACACAGGCGCGCUGCCAGACGACCGCGUCGAUAGCGCGCGACGGCCCCAAGCAGGCCCCGAUGGUGGCUCCACACACAGCAGCGCCCAAGACACGGCCGACGCGCCGGCCGCCUGCGCUCGAGACGCUGCCAUCGCCGCACCCCAGCGCCGCCGAGCGCUCGGUCAAGCUGCACGCGCUGCGGAGCCGACUGGCGCUCCCGAAGCGCUUCCCCCUCGCAACCCUCGGCCGCACCCUCGUGCACCCCUCGGCGGACCCCGACGCCGCGUUCAACAACGCCUCGCUGUCGAUUCUCGGCCGCCACCUGCUCGGCUACUACACUACAGAAUGGCUCAUGUGCAACUACCCGCGCCUGCCCAUGGCCGUCGUCUUCUCUGCAGUCGAUGCCUACGUUGGGCCCCGCGCACUGGCCACGGUCGCCAGCGAGUGGGGCAUCGAGGCCGCCGCCGAGCCCGGCGGCGAGGUCGACGCCGGCCUGCUCCAGUUCCGCAGAAUCCAGUCGGGCAGCGGCCUGCCGGCGUCGCUCAGGCGCCAGGCCCCGUGGAGCUGGAACACGACCACAACACACCGGAUCAUGAAGACGGACGAGUUCGGCUCGGACAGCGCCGCCCCGAGCCCGCACGCGCUGAGCGGCACACCGGUGCCAAUGGACGAGGCCGCGCAGUCGUUUGUGCGAGCGCUCGUGGGCGCCCUGCAUCUGCAGCUCGGCGCGCCCCUCGUCAAGCGCUUUUUCCGAGACCACUUUACAAGCCGCCACCUCGACAUCAGCACGCUCUUCGACUUCCGCAUGCCGACGCGCGACCUCUCCAAGCUCUGCGCCCGCGAGGGCUUCGACGCUCCCAUUGCCCGCAUCGUCUCGGAAACGGGCCGUCUGAGCAGACACCCCGUCUUCGUCGUGGCCGUCUACAGCGGCAAGGACAAGCUGGGCGAGGGCGCGGGGAGCUCGCUGGACGAGGCCCGCACACGCGCCGCCGCCGCCGCCCUCAAGGCCUGGUACCUGUACCGUCCGCUCGACGUGACCGUGCCCAGCACCACCGAGGGCGAGCUGGAUGGCUCGCAGUGGCGGCCCAACAUGGUCGACUGCGGCGAGGUCAUUGUGUGA